ACGUGACGGUUAUAACCGGGGCGACAAGCGUUUCGUGAGAAACUAGAAUAUUGUUUUGAAAAAGUACUGAAAAAUUAUUGCGGUUUAGAUUGCCUAACUUUUGUUUUGAUUUUUGUUUUCUGUUUCGAUUUAAGUAAAGCGAAUAAUAUUGCUCUGGAGAUAUAAAUAUAUGGGUUGGUGGCGGUUUUGUUGCUGGCUGUUGGAAAUUGAAAAGAAUAUUAUUAAUAUGACAUUUGCAUGUGAAAACGGCGAACGGAAGUUUUUCCUAAAAUUAGUUUCGUGCUAAGUGGCCAAAAAAAAAAGAAAAUUGUGUGUAUUUGAAGUGCUCUACUCGAUUUAUUUAAAUUGUGUUUAUAAAAGAGAUGUAUAUGUUGUGGAUAUAAGAAUGGAUAAGAAUUUAUUUUUCAACUGGAUUUGAACUCAACUCGAUGAAAAAUGCACAAAACGUUAGUCGCUGAUGAAUAUUUACUCAACCUUCUCAUUUUAUGAACAUUUUCAUUAACAUAAAAAUCUUACAAGACAUGAAAGUAAAAUAAAGUACAUACCAACUUCGUGCAGUAGAGCUUGUACUAACUUAUCAUCAACGAAAUAUUAAAAAGAAAAAUAUGUUUAUGCACUUUUAGCUCAGCUUCGUGGAAAUAAAAAAAGGAAAUUGCCAAAGUUUAUUGCCAAGCCAAAAAGACGAAUUCAAAGUAGUGUAAAUGUUAAAUAAAAUGCAUUUUCUAUGCGCAAGUAUACUAUACGGUGUUGGUGUAGCGAAUUCAACUAGACUUCUUAUCGGGAAAAUUAACGUUCAGUGGUUUUCCGGACUAUAACCAACUAAUAACCAACAAACUACCCUACAUUGCACAUUGCACAGAAAUAGAGAAUUACACCAUCGUACGAGUUUUUCUCUGCAGAAGAGUGACCUCAAAAGUUCAAAUGACAUUUUGUUACAGAUCAGUGCACGUGACUCAACAUAGAAAAUUUGAAAUUUUAUCGUUUGUGACAAUGUUACGGCAUGCAACUGAAACUGGAAAAUUUCGUACGUGUAACUAGUGUUUGUUGACGCGGAAGGUAGUGUGUGACAUGUUAAAUAAAAAAGUAACAAAAUAAUAAUUAUACUUCCCUAGUCGUCGUCGUCGUUGUUGUAUCGGAGCAAAUUUUCUUCUGCAAAUGAAUUAUACGAAUAAACGGGAAGUGUAAUGUUAAUAGUCAGCUCGGUUCGUAACUGAUUUUAGUAAAUACAAUAGCGAGGACCUAUUACGUAACACGAAUAAAAUCGCAAUGUGAAUGGUUACAAGAAAACAAAUGUAAUUUUUCCCCAAAAAAAGGAAACGUACCAGUGCUACAAAAUAGUGGUUAUUUGGUGUUAGAUAGUAGAAAGUAAAUAAAAAAGAAAAGUACGUCGUUCGAGCUGUUUUUGUUUUUGUGACACAACCGAGAAAAAGAAGAAAAAAAAAACAGAGAAACAAGAAGGCAAAACUAAUACCAUCAAAGAAGACAGCAAAAGCAUUUUAUGGUUGACCCUGAUUAACGAAACACUUACAGUUCCAACCAGUUUUUUUUUUACAUGAAGAUGGGAACCAGAUUAGCAUUAGUUUUGCGGUCGACAGUAACCAUUUCGGUGACUAUACUCUUUUGCUUGUCCAUUGUAUCCGGCCAGAUAGACUGGGCUGAUGACGACGAUGAUCCGGUGUCAACAGUGUCGGUUGAGGCCGUUUUAGGAAAAACUGCUUCAUUGCCUUGUGAUAUUGAGCCAGAAGUUCGAGACGACCGGGUCUAUAUGGUUCUGUGGUUUAGAGAAAGCGCAGGAAAACCAUUGUACAGUUUCGAUGUACGUGGUCGAGCUUUUGCAAAAGCUUUAUAUUGGUCCGACACAAAUUCGUUUGGUCCGAGAGCGUACUUCGUUACUGUUUCCCGACCAGCAGCGCUAAGUGUGGAAAGUAUACAGUUGGACGACGGAGGGGUGUAUCGAUGUCGUGUGGAUUUUCAAAAUUCACCUACGAGAAAUCAUCGCAUCAAUUUGACAGUAAUCGUUCCACCACAUCAAAUACUGGUAUACGACGCUUCAGGUAGAGAUGUUGCGGGAACGGUGGGACCAUUGUUGGAAGGAGACAGUUUAGUAGUAACUUGUGAAGUGAGAGGAGGUCGUCCAGAGCCGGCUGUUGCGUGGUAUAAUGGCACCCAACCUGUUCAAACUUCCGGUGGCAUACCAAUGGGCCGUCAUGUUAUAGUUAAUCGCCUUGAGGUACAACAUGUAACCCGAGACGCAUUCAAUACCACAUAUAAAUGCCAAGCAUCUAAUACAAAACUAGUGCCACCGGCUGAAAGAACUGUCCGAUUGGACAUGUUAUUAAAACCCACAUCAAUCAAUAUAACAGCAAAGCCGAAAAAAUUUGCAUCCGAAAUGGAGUACACACUCAAUUGUGUCGUUGUCGGAUCAAUUCCUGAAACAGACAUUCGAUGGACACAAAAUAAUCGACCAUUUACACGAAGAAAGGCAACAAUGACUGCAAAUGGCACAGCCAUUACCUCGACGUUAGUAUUUCGUCCAUUACCAGAUGAUGAUGGAACGAUGCUGAAAUGUGAGGGCUCAAAUCCACGUCUUCCAAAUUCUGCACUAGAGGAUUCCAUAAAGUUGAAUGUAAUGUACCAACCACAAGUGAGUUUGUCAUUAGGAUCUACAUUAAAUCCAGAUGACAUCAAAGAGGGUGACGACGUAUAUUUUGAGUGUCACAUUAAAGCCAAUCCGAAAGAGCAUCGUAUUACGUGGUCGCAUGAUGGCGAGGCAGUCGUACAAAAUGUAACGAACGGUGUGAUAAUUUCCACAAGAUCGCUGGUUUUGCAGCGUGUCGCAAGAUUUCAUGCUGGUCAUUACGGUUGUGCUGCAGCAAAUGAUCGUGGUGAAAAUCAAAGUGCAGUCGUCCCAUUAAGGAUUCAUUACGCGCCAGUGUGCAUAACACCAAGUGUUACCGUUGUCGGAGCAUCCUUAGAGGAAUCCAUAUCAGUUCCAUGUCGUGUUAUUGCAGAUCCAUCUGAUGUAACAUUCGAAUGGACGUUCUCGAGUAGUGGUGAACGGUUCGAAGUGCCGCAUGGUCACUAUACAACCGUACAGGAUGGUAACAGUGGUGACACACGUAGCACUAUUAUUGAAUCAAAUGAAACUCAUGCCGAAAGUGACGGGCGAAGUUUGGUGGAAACUGUGAGUGAGCUUAUAUACACACCGAAAACGGAACGAGAUUAUGGAACGUUGGCUUGUUGGGGAAAGAAUUCAAUUGGAAAACAAUCUGAACCGUGUUUGUUUCAAGUGGUUCCUGCAGCCAAACCAGCACCGUUAAGAAAUUGUACAUUACGUCCGUACUUGACUACAUUAUCACCAACCCUGAAUUCGUCCAAUUCAAUGACAACACACUCGCAUCAAAAUUUCAAGGAAUUGAAUUACAUCAAUACGGAAUACGUGAAAGAUCGAAACGUGUCAAAUGCAACAAAACGUGAGUUCAUGCCAAACGGAAGCCGACGAAUUAUUAGAGGUAACCCGGAUAAUGAUAGUCGAAAUGUGUACGCGAAUAAGGAUUCGGUUAAAUCGAAUUUGUCAUACAUGACAUGGAUGAGAGAUAAUAAUCAACGAAUAUCGAAGAGACAAAUCAGUUCAGUGAAUACGAACGGUAGAAUCGGUGAUGGGAUGCAGCAAGAGCUACAGAACAACGAACGCCAACGAAAUACAAAUUAUAUCAAUAACGAUGGUAAUUUUACCGGAAGAGGUGGUGGUGGUGUAUUAGACUCAGCAGCUAUUAACAUUGUGGCUGUCGAUGACAAAAAUAAGAAAGAUGUUACCAACGAUGGAGAGAAAAAUGAACCGAUGUUUGCGUUUUUACAUGCGGAAUCAAUGCUAGCUGCGGCACCGUCUCUGAUACAGAAUAAUAAUAACAACAACAACAAUAUUGAUCAAUUUGAUUCACCACCCACUGCAAUGGAAUUGCAAUGUGUCGCUGGUUACGAUGGUGGCUUACCGCAAUACUUUAUUCUUGAAGCGUAUGAUUCGCGAACUAGAAAAUUACGAUUGAACAUAACAAGUGCCUUCAGCGAUUUACCAUUAUUCCGAAUUGAUUUAUCAGAUUUAUCACCAUCCGAAUCGUAUAUUGAUGCGGCGCCUACCCUACAUCUAAUAGCAUACAGUGUAAAUCAAAAAGGACGUUCAGAACCAACUGUACUGGAAGACAUCGCUAUUAAUGAAGCGGAAAAAAGAACAGAUGGUGGUGUCGGUCUGUCAAUAUUACCGCUGGCAGCCCUACUGACAGGAACUUUACUGACACUCGGCAUCGGUGUACUGCUGGUUGUUGUACUUGCUAUUCGACGAAAACGUGAUCCUACACAGCGAAGUGCAUGCGACGAUAAAGACAAACAUUUGGGAAUGGAUAUGACUGUGACAGCACCUUUGGAUAUGGGAACCGGUCAACAGCGAUUCGUUGUUGCAUACACAUUGAAAGGAGUUGAAAAGCAACCGGAUAUAUUGAGUGCUCAAAAAAAUUGUGAAACUGAUUCCCAAGGACUGGGUUCGUCACCGGCUGUUCAUCGUCCAGAUGCAUUAUUUCUGUCAAAAUCAAAUUACACAGCACCGAACUAUGGCUCACCGGUGUACGCAUCCCAAGAUUACAACGACCACAAACUAACUCCAUCCAGUCAUGCAUCCUCACUACGUCGCAAUAAUGAUGGAAAAAAUGCGUCAAUGAACAAAAGUCUUACCUUGUCCUCCACUUCGCAGGCCUCUAACAUAUACGAUUCCAUCGGACCGAAACUACUCGCCAACACUACCGAUCACCAUCAGCUCAUACCAACCAUGCAAACAUCGAAUGCACAAAACACGAACACGUUACCGUCAUUGCCAACACAUCGUCCCGAAUACUUGAAUUUCGAUCGAAACACACUGGACUAUAGACUCAAAAAUUCGGCCGCCGUUGAUCUCCAGGCGAAUGUCGAACUGCGAUCGAAAAACAACGGCAGCGUAUGCAAUCCAUCGGAUGAGUAUAAUCGAUUGUCCGGAUCGGAUUAUGUGACCAAUAACAUUGAUUUUAGUCUAAGUAAUUCCAAUCAAAUGAUUCAAAUGCAACGGGUCAACAAUUCAUCGACUAUGAACAAUAAGAAUAGACAAAGUAGGAAUCACAUUAUCACCGAUACGUUGCCCGGUCCGGAGAGUUGUGUUUAAUGUAGCUAAUUAUUAUACAUAAAUGUUCUUAUGGUUAAUGUGUGUGCACUAAACAAAAGCAAAAAUAAAUUAAUUUAUUUAGGUCGAGAAAGAAAAACAGAAAAAUGAAAAACAGAAAAAAAUAAAUAAUAAACUUAGUGUGGAUGAUGGAGAAUAUAAUAUUUAUUCAUCACACUUUUACAUGUAUAUCAAACAUACAUUUAUAUAACCCCCUCAGAUACUGCGGACUCAUUCAUUUGUGAAACAAACAAACAAAAAUCUUUAAGCAACAUUUUAUACGAACUGUUUACUAAUGGUAGGAAAUGCAAGAAAAAUUUUUUUUAUUUCAAUUUCAUUUCCUUACACUUCAUUUGUAAGACAAUUCAUCAAUUAGAGCGACAUCUUACGUACAUAUAUCUACAUUAAGUUAUAAAAUAAUUGUCACAGCGCGAACAGACUCUCUCUCUCUAUCUCUCUCUCUACAUAUAUAUUCAUUGGACGUUAGAUGAAACAUUACCGGAUUAGGAGUGAUGUCGCAAAAUCCGUGAACCAAUUUUAAUGCAAUUCGGCGACAUUUCGUGCGUCAAUCUGAGCUAGUGACAACUCAUUCGCUUUGUAUUUUUACGGUCCAAAGUAAAGCGAGAGUAGCUUCAAUUCAAUUAAAUUUUUGCAGGUUUUGUACCGAAGAACUGGUGACACGAACCCCGACAAAUUUUUUUUUUAAAUCACCUUCAAAGAAUCGAAUUGAUGUUUACUUGGUUAAGUAGAUGGGUCGUUUCACAUUGUACGUAAAACAGGUUCACGUGUUUGCGAUUUGACUCUUUGAAUAAAAAUUUUCAACGGAUCGGUACAGAAAAAUUUGUAACAAAUAGCCAAGGUCUUCAUGUAGAGAAAUAACGUCUGUCACUGACACUCAUUUGUAAAUAAAUUCAAUUCGCCCUCGGAAAAUUAGUAAUGAGCGAAUACCUAGUCCUAGUUCUAAUUGCUUCAUCUCAUAGCAUUUGUUAUUUGCACGAAAUUUCAAUUUUAUUCUUUUGAAUGGUUAAUUUCGCCAAAUUUAGUUUGACCUACAGACUGUUCCGAGAGCCUUAAUUCAUGCUCAAAAAUCAUAUUUAUGUAACUGCGAGUAGUUACAUGGGAAAAUCAAAUGAAACUGCAACAUUUUGUGUUUUCACUACCCUUAAAGCGAAAAUAAUUACUCUCCCAGUGUAGCUAAUUUACUGAGGCUUUUCUCCAGAGAAUUCCUCUUCUUUGUCACGCAAAAUAAAUUUUACAGCCAGUUCUACCUAGUGGGAUCUAUUUAGACGAGAUAAUUGUCUAAGGUACAUGUGAAAAGAAGCAUCUAAUAUCCGUGUUUGUUUGCAAAUGCAGUUGUGGAAUGUUCUGUCGUAAAUAGAAACAAAAUAAUUUUAAGAGACAAAAGCUCUUUCCACAUAGGGUACGGACCCCAGUAUUCGGCAUAGUUUAGAAUAUCGGCCACAACAAUGGGUUUCAUUGGGUUUCAUUGUUCUAAACAAUAGAUGGCCGAUAUUCUAAACUAUGCCGAAUACUGGGGUCCGUACCCUACACAAAAAAACUCUUUUUACCAUUUGAUUGAACGCAUAUCCAACACAAUGUGCAGUACAUCCACAUGCGUUGUCAAUAUUAACAAUGUGCAAUGCAGUCACCUUAGCGUUGAUAACGAAGAAAAUUCAAGUGAGACCAAUUGUGUUGGAAACGUUUUCGAAUGAAGAUCGAAAAAGUAGCGAGUGUAUGUACCCGGAACGACUCCAUGUUCUCGAUUUAAAAAUGUUUUUUUUUUGUUUGACAAUAGAAGAUUUUUGGCCAAAGCAAGGCAAGGCACCAAAAGUGAGCUUUGGAGGAAGUCUUUCAAAAUUAAAUGCAAUGGUUUGCAGCGUAAGACAUUGCAAAUGCUACAUAAGAAACUCCUAACACAAAAGAUUAGUACAACGUAGGUGUCAUCGCUACAAAUGUUUCUUUAUUGUAUGACCGAAAUUCCGGCGAAAUUAAAUUCGAAAGCUUCUGACAAUGAUAAUCCAGAUGAUACGGUAGCAGUUGUUGUAACGAAAGCAAAUUCUAUGAAGAAUUUUAACCAUGACUAAAAUUUUAAUUAGAUUUGGAAUGUGUUAUUGUGAGAGAAAGAUUGUUCUACACUAAUGAUCGUGACCUUCCAUUUUUAUACGUUUAAUUUGGGAUUAAUUUUAUUGUGGGAUAUUUCGACCGAUAAAAUAGUUCAACACUAGCGGUAAUAGUAGAUUGUUGCUUCAAUGAAGUAUAUAGCAGACGCGCACGUACACGAGUGUCGGUACAAGUUUCUUAUAUAUACUUCAUUGCAGCUAUUUUAUCACAUUUGAAGAAAAUGAUCUGACAGUUGAGGUCCGAGCUCAAUUUACGUACCAUAACUAUAACUAAUCGAUUUAGUUCUUGUGUAGGAUCAGUGCAGAACCAUAUAUGAAGGAGAGGUAUGCUAAAAGAACAUGUGCUGGUAAUACUGAUUUUAAGCUAGUUCCAUGUCAAAAUUGUAUGUUACUAUGUAGCGCAGCGCUACACAAUCAUCUCCUACAAUUUUGACAUGCAACUAGCUUAAAAUCAGUGUUAGCAACACUGAUUUUGUCCCAUGAAUAUUAAACUUUGUCGUAUAUAUCACUCAUUCAUAUAUGGCAGUACACUUAUCGAUUAUUAUCAAAUUUCUGAGCCACGGACCACAAUCUAUUUUAUAGUUAAAUAAUAGUCGACCAUACCAUGAUAGCGCUAAUUUUAAGUCGAGUCCACCAUCAUAAUUUUACCAUGGUGUAGAACAUCAUCUUUUGCUCAAAAACUGGCAUUCCUAAUCUUUUGAAAUUGAAUGCACAAUUGAUAGUAGUAGUAAAGAGGGUUAGAUUGAUAAAAAUUGAAUCCAUUUGAUUGGCGACAUUGAAAAUUAACGAAUUAAAUAAAUGUCCUGGACGUUGGUUCAAGUCGCUAAUUUUCAGUUGCGGACGAUAUUUUUUGUGGAUUUGAAUCUUGGAAGUAAAUUAAAUGAAAAAAAGAGAAAAACUGACGACGUUAGCGACUUUCAUUUAAACGUGUAAAUUAACUAGUAUUUUAAUCGCUAGUCGUAUUCGCGCCGUAAAACAAAUUUAAAACAUAAGAAAAUAAAAGAACAAAAAAAACUGGCUUAAUAUUAACGGAGGGGAAUAAGGAGAUUAUAUACUUUUCGUUUGGUGAAAAUCAAUUUGUAAUCAAAAAUGGAAUCGAAAGAAGGAAUUUAUUGUUAUAGAAAUUGUAUUUUAAGUAAUGUCACCAAGAAAUUUAUUUUCUCUUAUUGGGACACCAUUUUACUAUUUAUAUGGUUCGAUGAACUGUGGUUGUCACAAUAACAACAACAUUGGUUUAUGUGUCACAAAGAAAUCACUUCAAAGAAAAAUACCUUCACAAGAAGCAACAAAUUUCGCUGUGGUACACAAUUUUUAACAGUCUACUGAAAAAAAAACAAAUUUGAUCGAGUGAUCGAAACUUUUAAACAAAAGUGUACAUAACAGGGAACGUCUAACACAUUUUUUUCAGAUAAAUAGUGGGAUGAAUAUAUGCUGUUCGGGGUGUCACAUUGUCCCGAGCACACACAAACAUGACACACCCAUCUAUCUCCAGCUCGGCUAUAAUAUGCCAUGUUGUGUGAAUGAAGCGAAUUAUGUUUGGCAUCAGCUAUGACAAAAAUAAAUUCGCAUUUCCAUUAAGCUUCUUAUAUUCGUUCAUUGUUGCUUAAUGGGAUUUUUUAUUUGUAAUUUUCAGCUGAGACGAAAAAAAUAAAAUAAAACAAGUGUGGAAGCACAAUACAGAUGUUUGGCACAGAUUUCUGUACGAUAGUUUGUCGAAGGCUGUUCUUCCAUUGAAUUCACAUUUCAGGAAAACUGUAAUAAGAUUAGGACCUAUUUUAUAGAUAUCUGUUUCGAAGUUCCUGAAAAUUCUAGUAAGUUUUCGAAGUUUUGGAUUUCACAGACCACAAAUUCUCAAGUUUCUGCAAAUUCUGCAAAAAAAAUUAAAUUUUAGAAUGUUGAAGAAUUUGUAGUUUAUAGAAUUUUCUAGAUCCAUAAAACUCUGUAAUUUCGUCCAAUUUCUUUUUUUCUUUCAAAAAUUGUAGAAUUUGUCAACUAAUCGUAGAAGCGCCUAGAGAUUGUAGAAAAAUCUAGAAAAUUUCAGAAAACGUUUUCUAGGAAUAUGCCCUGGUAUAAACUGUUGUAGGUACUUUGUACUUUGAAGGUACUUCUUCUAGCGUAAAGUCAACCAUCUGGAAGUAUUAUAAAAUGUUAUACUGAGCCUUCUCUUUAGUUCGGAACAUGUGUCUUUGAAGCUUAAUUUUCUUUUCAUUUUUCUAAUGCACAUCAGUCUCUGAUAACGUGACAAUUUGAAAUCUAUGCCACAGUACUACACUAAAAUGGAAAACAAUACGUUCGUUAAUACUGGAUCUGGGCCCAGCCCAUGCUCUGAGUUUGACACACCCAGCAGAGAAUCUAAACUGGUGCAAAAAUAAGGGUUAAAUAAUCCAACUGAAAUUUUCUUCGGCAACUCCGGCGUGCCUGACCAGUCAAUAUUUCGAAUUUCUAAUAUCUGUUUAAACUGCAAGGAUUUUGUUUAAGACCCUAAUGCAACAAAUUCUAGUGACCACUGACCAUCACCUUAUUUGACAACCGCAAAGCCACUUAAUGGAAUGAAGCCAAAAUCUUUGAAAACAGAUUGGUUUAGAGAUUUUAACUUCUUACCAUUAUGCUGCACUGUCGAUUCAAUUUUAUUUUUUGUGUUAGAUGAUGAUUUAUUAGCCCUAAAAGUAUUACAAUGUAUCAUGUACAGAAAAUGUAUUUGUAAUUCAAGCAAGAACUUCCGAUUUAAGAAAAUAAAUAAAUAAAAUAAAAUAAAGAGACAAAAAAAUUGUUUUGUAAACUAAACGAUAAAUGUAAAUAAUGCGUAGAGCUAAAGGACAAAAAGCAACCAAAAAAAAUAUAUUUCAACUAUAUAAUAAACUAAAACAAUUGUGUAUAUCAAACUAAAUUAAUUAGCUUUUUUUGUAAAUAAAAGGUAAAAGAAAACUUGGUAUAAAAAAGUAAAAAGAAUUACAUUUAAGAAUGUACAAUUUGCGUAAACAAAAAAAUACAAACGAAACAAAAAGGAAGAAAAAAAAAACAAACCAAAAAUUAUUAUUAAAAAACCCAAAAAAAAACCAAUUGUAUGUAAUGAGAAACAAAAACCUAAUGUUAAAAUGCUUUCAGCUCUGUGUGAUAAAAAACGACGAAAAUUACUGAAAUGCAUUGACAAGAAAAUAAACUGGAAAAUUAAAAAUU